AUGAGUAAUACCACCUCACCUCCUACACCAUCAACCCAAGCUGCAGACAAGGCCAAUUGGGACUCUUCCCAAACCAAAGUGUUUGUUGAUCUUUGUGUCGAACAAGUAAAUGAAAGACGUAGGCCUGGUUCACACUUCACCAAAGAAGGUUGGCAGAAGACAGUUACUAGCUUUUUCGAGAAAACAAGGAAGCGAUAUGAUCAACCACAAUUUAAGAACAAAUGGGACAAUCUGAAGAAGGAGUACAAAUUGUGGAAGAAACUGCGUAUUCAUGACACUGGGACUGGAUGGGACAGUGUCUGUAACACUAUUCUUGCUAACAAUGACUGGUGGGAGAGAAGAAUUCAAGUUGUUGUGUGA